CUCACAACCGGUCACUGCCAGCAUCCUCACCCCACUGCAGGCGUAACAGCAGCUGGCUGUUGCAUCAAUAACACAUAGCUAGUGAUCUCAGUGGUGUGUGUUCAGGCAGUAUGCACAUGGAGCCAUUGAGCAGCGUGCUGGACGUUAGUAACGAAUCCUGGGAUCUGUCCGAGCGCUCCGUGCUGCAGCCCAUAUGGAAUUAUCUUCAGCAGAACCACAAGAGCAGCUUGCGCUCGCCGCUGUUUCCUGUCAUCCUCUCAGUGUCGAUGUACCUGGCUCUGGUGUUGUUCUACACCUUGUUGGAUCUUCAGGCUCCCACCUGGCCCUCCAUCCGCCGCUAUCAGAUCCAUCAUGACCAUUCUGUCACCUGGUCCAACAUCGGCACCACAUUGGCUCUCACCACAUACAACCAUCUGCUCUGCAUCUUCCCCGCCGCCGUGGCCCAGUGGCUUUGGCGACCGCCUGUGCCGUUGCCCCGUGAGGCACCUACACUCACUGCUUUCCUGCUGGGCAUUGUGGGGUGCAUGGUGGUGUUUGACUUCCAGUACUACUUGUGGCACCUUCUGCAUCAUCGCGUGGGCUGGCUGUAUCGAACCUUUCAUGCUGUCCACCACCAGUACCGCCAGCCCUUCAGCCUGGUUACACAGUACCUGUCUGCCUGGGAGCUGUUCAGCGUUGGAUUCUGGACCACGGUGGAUCCCUUGCUGCUCCAGUGCCACUGUCUUACCGCCUGGGCGUUCAUGCUUUUCAACAUCUGGGUGUCUACAGAAGACCACUGUGGGUAUGACUUUCCUUGGGCCAUGCACCGCCUGGUUCCCUUUGGCCUCUGGGGGGGAGCUCUGCGACACGAUGCUCACCAUCAGCAGCCGGGUACUAACUUUGCCCCUUUCUUUGCGCACUGGGACUGGCUGGGGGGCACCGCUACCAUGCCUGCCCCUACGAAGACAAAAACACAUCGAGAAAGGGAUGAAAAGGAAGCCUGAGGCUCUUUUUAACUCACUCUCUUUUCCCUUUCACACUCUCGCUCUGCCUCUUAAUCAUCUCUUGAUAAUCUCUCACUUUGCUCUUUUACGCCUUCUCGCCUUACCCUAUCUCGCACCUUCCCCAACCUUAUCAGUUACAUCUUUUCCAAGUUCUCCAUUUAAUUUCUUCGAAACUACAAAUCAAGUGUCUUACUAACAAACAAGUAGCGGAAAAGCUGAGCUGAACAUUCUGAAUGGAAGCAUCUCAGUCCUCUGUUUUUGUUUGUUUGUUUUUUUGAAUGUAUAAAUGGUCUUUUCUUGCAAAUUGAUAUACAUUUUUCUAAAACCUCUCUUUUGGCCAAUUGAUGGAGGUUUUGUGGGAUAUCUCAGGUUACUAGUUUUGGCCUUUUUUGUAGAAAUGUUGAUAUUUUGUGUGUUCAAAAUGGCUUGAAUUCCUAUGCUUUUUAUUGUAUUUUGACACUUUUCUCUAAACUUGGGUCAAUAAA